AUGAAUCAAUCUGAAUUUCAAGAAGUACACUUGUUGAACCUACAGGAUGAAAUAUUUCUACACAUAUUUAGUUAUGUUAAUAUUUCAUGGCGUGAAAACGUUGCACAAGUUUGUAAGCAAUAUUGUCCACAGAUUUGCAACGAAGAAAUCCGCAGAUCAAUUGUCAACUCUUCUCGUGAAUUUGAAGAUUUAACAAUCGAUUUAAAUGAUGAUGAAUUGAUGGAAACGAAACAUGUAGAAGAUGUGAUUUUAAAAUUCGGGAAAAGAAUAAAAAGGUUUGAAUUAAAGGAUUUUGACUUGUCAGAGUCGAAGCUAAGAAGAAUAUUUGAUUGCAUUCCUAACGUCGAAAAUCUGGUACUGAAUUCUUGUCGCUCUUCUGCUUGCUCUUCUGUAUAUUUAAAAAGUAUAACCAAACCGAAUGCAGAUAUUUCUGAACCAAACUUAUGCAAACUGAAGAAGCUAACGAUUGGAGGUUGGAGUAUUCCCGACAUGUCGGACAUCUUGCUUAACACCUUGCUUAACGCAAUACCAAAAGAUAGUAUAAAAGAACUAAUUAUCGAUAUUCCUGAAGUCUUUGACAUGGUUUGGCAAGAAUUCUUAAAUCAACAAACUAGCAUUAAAAUGCUUGAAAUAUCAACACAUGAAUAUAACAACCGAGUUAAGUUCGAUCAUCUCAAACUUGAACAUUUGACACUUGGUCGGUAUUUUGAUGAGGAAGAUGUCUCUAUCAUUUUGCAGCAGCAGCCGGGACUUCUUUACUUCGAAAGUAUAGCCUAUAGAACUUUAACUGGCAAUAAUUUUUUUACAGCGUUAUGUGAGUUGAAUAAUCUCGAAGUCACAAUAUUGUCCGUCAACCUUGAUAUGCCUUAUCCUGUCUUUCAAUCUCUUAAAUACCUCACUCAUUUAAAGAAACUUGAAUUAAAAAGCAAACAAGGUGAAGAGUCUAAUAAUCUCCUUGAGUUGAGCAGAAUGCAAUUAAAUAUUGAAAAAUUAAUAAUUUCCUACGGUGAGAAAAUUCCACCAGAAUUUUUCAUUCAAAUGAGCCAAAACUUCCGGAAACUUAAGCACAUUAAACUUCGGAAUCGCUACACAAAUAUCAUUAAUACAAUUUUGGAAAACUUCCCCAAUCUGGAGUCGAUUGCCAUCGAGUUCGAGUAUUGCGUUGAUGAUGUAGACGUUUUAGUCAUCGAUGAGAAUCUAAGACAUGAGAAGCUUGUGGAAAUGAUUAUGAAUGGUCGUAGUGUCAAUGGCGAUAACACAAGAGCGCUUCUCUCACUGCUCAAUGUUUGCCCAAAUGUCGAGCGGAUUAUGUUAGCAAUGGAUGAUGAAUUUUAUAAUGAAGACCUGCAACAGAUUAUCAAUGAUCAUCCCAAGUUAACUCAUUUGAAAAUUGUAAACGAAGAUUUAAAAACUAAAAUUAUCCUUGAAGAUGAAACAAUUGAUUGUAUCCGCACAGCAGCAAGCAGACUCAAAUUCAUAGAAUUAUAUGGAUUCCUGGUUUCGCCUAAAUCAUCUCUAAAAACACUGUUUAAGGAUGAAUUUAACUAUUUCCGUUGCUACGAUGAAGAGAGGAACGAAUAUAUUGAAUGCCAUCUUAUCAUGAAGAAACGAAAUGUUCCCGAUUGGGAUUUUUAUUGGGAUUUAUAA